GGGAGCCUGUAGCUCAAGCUAACCGGAAUGAAGUCAGAUGCGAUCACUAGUCUGUUGGAAGCCACAUCCUAUACAGAAGGUCCGUCGCAGUCGCGAGCUAAUGUCCUCCUGCAGUCCGUGCCACUUUCCGUCAGUCUCUGCCUCAUCCUCAUUCGACCGAGUGGCAGCGACUAGACAGCAUCGCUACUGUGAACUGCUCCCAUUUUACCUCGCGCUCCUUUAAUGACAGGCCUGUCAUCGCCGGUGACUGCACAGCGUUAACAGAACUGUCUUUCCGGAGGAGCAGAGAAAUGUUGUGAAAUUGAUAGCCUACAGUGCAUGUUUUAUCUGCACUGCAACCAAAAGCCAGACGAGCUACCCUCAGGAAACGGUAUUGCUCUCCUCCAAACACACACUCGUUCUCAUUCCGUGAAGCGCUGUGCUGAGACGGGACGCAACGAACCUACAGGAGCCGUGAACAGCGACAGUAGCGAACCCAAACGCAACUGAGAUUUGACAAACGGCUGCUAUCAGGCAGCCGGAGUGGAUGUCUCCCGUUGUUUAGGACUUAACAAAAUAGCAAAACAUCCCUGUCUCGGAUUUGCACUUUGUUGUUUGGCGGUGAUAUAGUAGGAUGGAUUUCACGGUGGUUAUGGCUGUGGUGCUUUGCGCCCUUACGGUCCCAGGAUUCGGGGAUACAGGGAGCGGAAAAGCUCAGAGUUGUUCGGAUAUCCGACAAUUCUACAGCGGCAAAGGAUUCAAUCUGAACGGAGUGCCCCAGUCGGAAAUAUCAGGAGAGCACCUGCGAAUCUGUCCUCAGGGAUACACGUGUUGCACCAGUGUCAUGGAGGACAGCCUAUCCAAUCUGAGUCGCACAGAGAUGGAGGGCCUGAUAAGAGAUGCCGGACGAGCCCUGCAAGCCUCCCUGAACGGACAGUACAAGGCCUUUGACGAUUACUUCCUGGAUCUGCUGAACCGUUCUGAAAGUGUCCUGCAAGAAUCUUACAAUGCUGCACUGGGUUCCCUGUACACGCAGAAUACACGUGUGUUCUCAGACCUAUACACGGAACUGAGACGGUACUAUCGUGGUUCCAACAUCAACCUAGAGGAGGUGCUCAAUGAGUUUUGGGCCCGUCUGCUGGAGAAGCUGUUCAAAGGCGCCAACGGACAAUACCUUAUAGGGGAUGAUUACUUGGAGUGUGUGUCCAAGCAGUCGGAGACUUUACGACCCUUUGGUGACAUACCCCAUGACCUGAAGGUGAAAGUGACGCGUACAUUUGUGCCAGCACGCUCCUUUGUCCAGGGUUUGGUCGUCAGUGGGGAGGUUGUUCGCAAGGUGUCACAGGUGCCCCUGAGCCCGGAAUGCAUGCGUGCCAUCAUGAAGAUGACAUACUGUCCCCACUGCCGCAGUUUGCCCUCUGCCAGGCCCUGUGCCAGCUACUGCGCCAACGUGCUUAAGGGUUGCCUUGCCAACCAGGCUGACCUGAACACAGAGUGGAGGAACCUAGUCGAUGCUCUGAUGCAGGUGGCUGUCAGGUUUGAGGGCGUGUCCGGCGUGGAAGUAGUGGUCCUCUCCCUGCCUGCACGUAUCUUAGAGGCUGUCACGACCAUGUUGGACAACAUAGACACCUUUAACACCAAGGUGUUCCAGGCCUGUGGGAACCCGAGGGAGGGAGGAACCAGCAGCACCAGUUUGGAGGAACUGAAAAAGAGGAAGAAGGUUACAUUGAAGGACAUGACAGCUGAGGCCAGGGUGGAGAAACUGAUAUCUGACGUGGCUUGGAGAUUGAGAGAUAUGCAGACAUACUGGGUCUCGUUACCCAGCACCCUCUGCAGUGAUAGGGUGGCCACUGGAACCCAGGCUAACGACAAGUGCUGGAACGGGAUGACCCGUGCAAGGUACCUGCCAGAGGUGAUGGGUGAUGGUCUGGCAAGUCAAAUCAACAACCCCGAAGUGGAGAUCGACAUCACUAAACCAGACAUGACCAUACGCCAGCAGAUCAUGCAGCUCAAGAUCAUGACCAACCGCAUCAAGAACGCCUUCAAUGGCAACGAUGUAGACUUCCAGGACACCAGUGAUGAUGUCAGUGGUUCGGGGAGUGGGAUGUGCACUGAUGAAAACUGUCCCCGCGGGCCACGCUUCAUGGCCCCUAGCACGGACAGACCCAAACUCUAUGCCUAUGCCCCGGAGAACAAGAAGGUUGUGAAAGGCUCAACUAACCACAACCUCCCCUUCAUCGCCCUCUACCUACUCUCAUUGGUCACACUGGUUCUCUGGCGAUAAUUGACAGGGGAUUCCACCAUUUGGGACUGAGUUUGGGACAUGGGGCGGGGAGGAUGAGGGGGCAGAAGGAGAGAAGAUGUCGGGGGGUUACUUUGCCAAAAUGCAACAAAAAUAAGGAAAUCAAAAAAUGAACAGACUUCCUAUUGGUCUCGAAUAAGAACAAAAAUUGAGUUAUGAGUAUUAUAUUAUUCAUAGAUUUUUUUUCGGGUUUCUGUUCUUGUCUUUUGUUCAAAGGUAUACAGUAAAAAAGGCUAGAGACAGUCUUUUCCAAUUUGGUCUUUUGGUUUGUUUUCUGGUGUUUGGGAUCUCUGAAAUAACUGUACCUAAGAUGUUAAGAGUCAAUCUAUAGACUAUAGAAAUAUACAGGAUGUUAUUGUUGGUUGACGCUGUGUAGGGGGGACAUUUUGGUUGCACUGUUUGUUAUCCCAUUAAUUUCAUGUCUAAGCCUGAGGACAUUAUUUAUUAAAAACAGAGGAAUAUAGCACCCAAUGGAGCAUCUUCAGGCUCCCCAAUAUUUAUACCCCAAACUCAAAUGAAAUGAACUAUUGAUGAGUUGUAAAGAGGAUAAUCUGCUUUCGGUGGGGGGGGCAGGAUUUGGUGAGAACCCCAAAAAGCUAUUAGUAUUAAACCCAUAGAAAAUCACAUGGCACAACAGUGAGAAAAUGAAACUGCUUGGCAUCAGCGUUCCUUACCUCCGCUUAGUAAUGUAAGCUGUAAUAAUAGUUAGGCUCCUAUUCACACAGACAUGAUCCUCCGCUAUGGGAGUAAAAUGGCUCUUCCAUCCCAUCCUUCUUUCCUUCCAUCCCUCCACCUCUCAUUCUGUCUUGCACUGAGCCUAUCUGUUUCACUAGAAAUUGGUAGCUCUGUAGGAUUGGAAGGGGACAGUUUUUAGAAACAUAAAGCACAUUACAGUUUUGAUGCAACCACAGCUGUCGUCCAUUCUGACGUUAGAUUUAUUGUUUGUAAGCACUCUUUGGUGGUACAUGGAGCAAACAUUUAGACUGAGCUAAAUGAAGUACCCUUUAAGCAAAAGUUGUUGAAAAGAUGUUAUGCUCACCAGAUAAGAUAGGGCUCUAUGUGGUUGUUUGUCCAGUCUUCAGAUUGUGGUGAUUGUGUUACUUCCUUGUUAAUGACAAAAAUUUGAUGGUACCUACGACAAAACCUGAAAACAGAAUUAGCCAGGGGCAGACUGGCCAUCUGGCAUUUCAGGCAAAUGCCAGAUGGGCUGGUCCAUUUUAAUGCUUAUUGGGACAUAUCUUGUGUGUUUUGAGCAAAAUUAUUAUUAUUUGGCUGAUAAUAGGAACAAAAUGGAGCGGUGUGUUAGAAAUACCACAGCCAACGUCUGACCCCAGUCCACCUCUGAAGUCAACCAGCUACAGUGAAGGUGUUUAAAAUAUAUACUGCACUAUAACCACUUGAUUUACAGUGGAGUUGUGUCUGACUGGGUGCUUCUGUAUGGAAUUUCUAUUAUCAUUUCUUUCUCGUCUACUUUGUAAUUCUCUUUUUCUCAGAUUUUUCUACUUUCCCUAAAAGACAGGGAUGCAGAGAGCCAACCGGAUUUAUAAAUCUGAGGCAUCAGGUUGUCGUUUCCUGAUGCUUCAAUGAACUGGUGGAGGAAAGCUAAGAGAUGGAGCAAGAUUGAACUAGGCCAAAAUGAGCACUGCUGAGCGAAAUGAGUUAUUGUACACACGCACUUCAAAGAGUAGAUGUUUUCGAAUAAAAAAAUUCCAGAGCACACCAAAAUGUGCACUGUAAUUAGCACUGUCCAUCUUCUUUCCUCAGCUCUGCCCAUUCGGCUACAUUAUCCCUCCAUGGGAAACAACAGGUUCUGGGUUUAGUAUCUCAGUUUAGUAAUAGCCAUUUCUGUCUCAGACUUUCUUUUCCAUUAACCCUCUGCUCCUCCAUGUUAUUUGUCACCUUGCACCUUUUUUUGCUCCCUUCUCACUCAGUGCCUCUUUUCCCUUCUCUGUGUUUCUCUACCUCUCCCUCCUUGCUUUCAGCCUCCCAGGCUAUUCUUCACAGUAUUUUAUUCACAAGUUUUUAUGACAACCUUCAAGGUGUUGCAAUCAUGACAAUGGCACAGUGCUUCAUUGUACCGCAAUGUAAUGGGAAUAUUGGGGCAGUUGUUCUUUUAGGCUGUGCUAAUGAAAAUCUCGUAGCCACCAUGGAAGGAUGCACUGCAAUAUAGUUCAAAGAGUUGUCAAGGCUUCUGGAUCCCUUUGUAGGAGUGAUAGGAGGAGAUGAGUGCGCAUGUUUUGUGUGUGUGUGUGUGGGGGGGGGGUAGGUAAUGUGUGUGCAUGAUAAAGAAGUUAUUGGGUGGGCUUAUUCAAGAAGUUUGAAAGAAAGUGCAUAUAGGACUGAUUGGAUGCUUUGAUUCCACAUGCUAAUGAAAUCAUACAACUGUAGGACGUGAAGUGUUGUGGGAAUUGUGAAUGUCGGCUGGUGUUUUCAUAUUCCCUGUGCUCGUCAAUAUCCCAUAUCGGAAAUGCAAUGAAUAAGGUGAUUGGGGAGAGUCAGGGCCCCAGAGAUUUGGUCACUGACUACAAAUGCGGUCUUUGGUCUAUGCCUUUGCCAUGUGAAUGAGGAAUUGAAGUCACACAUCGUCCACUGGGCCUAGACUUCUUGGCAGACAAAAUGGGGAAAUAGGGGAUAACAUAACCUCAUUCAGGACCAUAUAGUUCAGAACACUCAAGCACGAGAACUGCAGGGGUAGAGCCAGUCUGGGCGGGACUAUUUCAAUUCAGGUUUUUGUUCUGGCCACAUUGUAUAUUCCAUUGACCUGGUAUGCACUUCAUUAUUCAAUCGACAGAUCAAUUGAACAUAUGUACAUGUCGGGUGAAAGCGCUGCAAGAAUCCUCUUUGGACAGACUACAUUCUCACUCACAGCACAUACAUAUGUUGAAUAUGUUACACAGCCUCUAAAAGGCCCAGAAAAAAAGUGUUAUCAUACAUUUACUGAGACUGGGCAGCGUGCUAAUAAAGAGCGCAACCAGUAAUUAGGAGUACGGGAUCCGUGGGUGCGACUGCCCCGCACUGACAUUCCAAUGCAAAAGGACAACCACCACUUUCACUCCUCAUGACUUCCCUCACUUUUAACGGAAACCUCCCCGGCUCUAGUUGUCACUCCUGCCCCCGACCCCCUCCCGCUCGCCUGUAGUUCAAACCUCUUUUUUUAACGCUGCACUUUUAUGACAUGAGGCCUAGGAAGUCGGUAGGAUGGCGUUGUCUGCACAGAAAUAGAUCACAUGACGGCAAGUUGAUAUAUAUGCGAGUCAACACUCUCGUGUAAAUGCCUAUUGAUUGGGAUUAUGUAUAUGCAGAUACGGACCACUGAGAUGGCUGUAUGUUUGAGAAGAGUGAAAUAGUAUCAUCCUUAACCCAGACCUGGGUUUAAAAGAUAUUAGAAAUCUUUCGAACACUUUGAGCGAUUAAUCUUUCCUGGUUUUUGGGCUUUGAUGCUUUGACAGGCCAAUUCGAUUGGUUCAUCCAGGCAAACUCGUUCAAGCACAGAUCAAGUAUUUGAAUUUUUUUUAAGUAGCUUUUGAACCAGUAGCCCUGGACAGUACUUUUUCGUCUUCACUAUUUGAAUGUGGCAGGUAUUUCUGAAAGGUGCCGAUUUGAAAGAAAACCAUUGGAUGUUUUUUGUUUGUUUUUAUUUCCUUUUUUUCUUUACUUUUUAUGUUUAUGGUGACGACAGAUUCACAAAGAGAGAGGUUGAAUAAAUGUGUAAUUCGCUGUUGUUUGUUCCUGGAACCUUGUGUCAAUUAUAUACAUUGUCAGAUUUUCAAAAUGUCCUGUGUCACAUUCAUUUUGUGAUGGAUGUUUAUAUAAGCAAUAUUCUGUUUUACAUUGUUAACCCUCAGAGUGAAAAUUCCAAGAAAAAAAGUUGAAAGGGGAUAUAAAUGGUCCAAACUA